AUGGUGGCAGAUGCGGAAGAGCCUCAACGACGUGAUCAUGUCGAUUCAGUCUCUGAUGCCGCCAAAAGUCCACUGCUACGAAUGCACUUUCGAACCAAACUACAGUCGCUGGCAACAUCAGAUGGCCGGCUUCAGUAUACUAAGUGGCUCGAAUUUGCUCUUGCGGACAGCGAAAUGGCUCAAUUGAUGGAGUGGGAGAUGAUCAAUCGUCGCUCCGGAGGAACUCUCCGCUUGAAAACCCGCUCUGUGAGCUUUUGGGGUGUGACCCCGGUUCAACCAGCACUGAGCAGGGCGUCCUCGGACUCAACACUACAACUGCAGCAACAACAUUCUUCAAAAAGAGAGUCCAACAACUUCGGAGUCGAAUCUGCACCAUUUCUGAAGAAAUCAGCUUUGGUGACGGAGCAAGGUCUUGUGGGACGACGGCACGUUACUCUUCUCUCGAGAAAGAUGAGCAAAAAGUUUAAGGCAUGUUGGCCACCUGAUGAAGCGGAUCCAUUGGUCCGAAACCCUUUCAAAGAGCCUCCCGAGGCGGCUAGCUCCGGGGGUCCGUACGUGUUUUGGUGUCAAUGCACAGUAAGUUGA